GGGAAGAAGGGCGUGACAGGGGAGGAGGGGUGGGAGAAGAGUAUGGCAGAGGAUGACUAAGUGGCAGAGAGGAGGGGGAGGGGCAGAAGGGCAUGACAGGGAAGGGAGGGGAGCGGGAGAAGGGCAUGACAGGGGAGGAGGGUCGGAGAAGAAUAUAGCAGAGGGAUACGGGGAGCUGCAUCCACAUGAGGUGGGAGAAAAUGGGAAGGAGGAGGAGGAGGUCACAGAGGGACAGGCGGAGGGCAGGAGCUGGUAUAUGCGGCGGGCGGAGCGGCGGUGGCCAACCACUUGAGGAGGAGGAGGAGGAGAAAGGAGGAGGAGGAGGAUGAGGAGGAGGAGAAAGGAGGAGGAGGAGGAGAAGACAAGAAGACGAAAGGAGGAAGAGGAGGAGGAGGAGAAGAAGAAGAGGAGGAAAGGAGGAGGAGGAGCGGAAAAGAAGACGACGAAAGGAGGAGGGGAAGAAGAAGAAGAAGAAGAAGAAGAAGAAGAAGAAGAAGAGGAAGGAGGAGGUGGAGGCAGCUUCACCCCGAUGGCGCUAGCAGCUUCACGGGCAGCGACGACGUGGAUUGGUUCUUGACGGUGCAGCUCAAGUGGGAGUGACGAUGGAAGCUCGACAAGGAGGAGCAGCAACGACGGCGGGCUUGGAGAUGGCAGCUACGACGGGCGGGCUUCGUGACGGCAGCUUCGCAGUGGAGGAUACCACGUUCGAAUUCGAACGCGGUGUGGUAGGCCAGCAUGGGGGGAAACGAGGUCAUUUCUUGUGGCUGAUCACAGCCACCGGUCUUCGCAGGUCGGGUGCUGAGAUCAGUCGUCGAAGAAGCCCUUCCCCCGGUCUCACGUGGGCCUGAGUAGCCCUUCCCCCAGCCUCACGUGGGCCUGAGUUCGAAACAAAAUGUUUCGAAGUGU